GAAGAAGAAGAAGAAUAAGUCUCUCUGUUGUAAUCAAAUUGUGAAUAAUACGCCACCCCCACCGGAACGGUUGCCUGCCGCCUCUGCAAGCAAUCUGUGAAUCUGGAAAGGACAAGAUGAAGUUCUGCAAGAAGUACCAGGAGUACAUGCAAACGCACGAUCAGAAGAAGUUGCCCGGCGUGGGGUUGAAGAAGCUCAAGAAAAUCUUGAAACGGUGCCGGAGAGACGUCCAAUCCCACAACGGAAUUGAUCUCCAUCGCCGUGAUAAUGUCUCGAGUUCGGCUUCUACUUGCCCCCACCAGUGCCCCGUUUGCGACGGAACCUUUUUCCCAUCCCUCCUCGAGGAAAUGUCUGCAGUGGUUGGCGUCUUCAACAAGCGUGCACAGAAAUUGCUUGAGCAACAUUUGUCUUCAGGUAUUCGCAAGUACUUCAACUGGUUCAAAGACAAGCUAAGGCGCAACCAUGUCGCCUUAAUUCAAGAAGGCAAGGACCUGGUCACCUAUGCAAUAAUCAACGCCAUUGCAAUGCGCAAAAUACUUAAGAAGUAUGACAAGAUUCAUUACUGUAAACAAGGGCAGGCAUUCAAAUCACAAGCACAAAGUAGGCAUAUUGAGAUCCUUCAGUCGCCAUGGCUAUGUGAGCUAAUGGCUUUCCAUAUAAACUUGAGGAAUACAAAGGCCACCACAAGGAAGGCCUCUCCAUUGUUUGAGGGCUGCACCCUUGUUAUCAAUGACGGGAAACCAUCAAUAUCGUGUGAGCUUUUUGAUUCCAUCAAGCUUGAUAUCGACUUAACUUGUUCUAUAUGUCUGGAUACUGUAUUUGAUCCAGUAGCUCUCACCUGUGGUCAUAUCUUCUGUUAUAUGUGUGCUUGCAAGACUGCAUCAGUAACCAUUGUCGAUGGGUUAAAGGCUGCUGAGGCCAAGGAAAAAUGCCCUCUCUGCCGAGAAGCCGGCGUGUAUGAAGGCGCUGUACACUUGGAAGAGCUCAACAUUUUAUUGAGCGGAAGUUGUCCCGAAUACUGGGAGGAGCGGCUUCAGUCAGAGAGAGUAGAGAGAAUCAAGCAGACAAAAGAGCACUGGGAAUCCCAGUGCCGGGCAUUCAUGGGAGUCUAACUAAUUGAGGACCUGUCUGUACACUGGCGUAUGUGCUGAUUUCGUGGAGAUCUAACGUUUCUGUGAUUGAUGCCAAAUGUUGUAUAUCUUCCCAAUAUUGUUCUGAUACAAUAAUUUCGUAGAUCUGUUUACUUGUUUGGCAGUUCCAUCAUUCACUUCCUUGGAUUCACAGACUCAAAACUACUCAAGAUGUAGUAGAUGGGAUCCCAUUUGGCCAUUUGAUGUGGCUAAUUAAAGGUGAUAUUAGAACUCGUCCUCCACCACGUUUAAUCUGUCCUGAUAGGAGGAGGAAUGAUAUUCGUAGGUUGUGAGAUAUGAAUGUUACUGUUAGUUUGCUAACUCAUCAUCUAUGCAAUAAGAGCUCUCUAUAUUUUUGCACCUUUAAUGUUUGUACAUCGUCAUCUUCUGUCUUUCAAGUUAA